AUGAGCACUCGGCGGCUAGACGGGUGUCCGCCGCUGGAAACGCAGGCCCUGUCGUCGGGGCGCCCGGGCUGCCCCCUCCGCCGCCGCUCGCCGCGAGAGAAGGGGCUGGGAUGCCCAACUUCCAAAAAGGGAACAGCAGCAGUAGGAGAGGCCAGUGUCCAGACCCCCUGCCAGGGCCCCCCACUGUUAUGUGCCCCCCGUGGGGUUUGUCUGGCGGCCACUCAACCUAUCCCCCUGCCCCCUCAGAUCUUGGCCUUGAUCGUGUUCUCCUGCAUCUUCGGCGAGGGCUACAGCAAUACCCACGAGUCCAGACAGAAAUACUGCGUGUUUAACCACAACGAGGACGCUUGCCGCUACGCCAGUGCCAUCGGGGUGCUGGCCUUCCUGGCCUCUGCCUUCUUCCUCGUGGUCGACAUCUAUUUCCCCCAGAUCAGCAAUGCCACUGACCGCAAGUACCUGGUCAUCGGGGACCUGCUCUUCUCAGCUCUCUGGACCUUCCUGUGGUUCGUUGGUUUCUGCUUCCUUACCAACCAGUGGGCAGCCACCAAGAUGGAAGAUGUGCUGGUGGGAGCCGACUCAGCCCGGGCAGCCAUCACCUUCAGCUUCUUUUCCAUCUUCCCCUGGGGCGUGUUGGCCUGUCUGGCCUACCAGCGCUACAAGGCCGGAGUGGACGACUUCAUCCAGAACUACGUGGACCCCACUCCAGACCCCAGCUCGGCCUACGCCUCCUACCCGGGUGCUUCCGCGGACAACUACCAACAGCCGCCCUUCACCCAGAACGCCGAGACCACCGAGGGCUACCAGCCGCCCCCUGUGUAUUGAGCUGCAGCCAGGGAGGGUAAGGGGAGCAGGGAGGGCGCCCGGGGCCUCUCCUCCAUCCUGGACUCCUCCCAUGAGGCUUGCCUCCCUGAGCUGCUGGCCCCUCUUGUCCCGCCUGGUGCCUGUCAGAGCC